AAAAGAAGCUGGGCCAAAUAUCCCUAAAUCCAGCCCAUUCAACCUCGUUACACUACUUAUAUAAACCUAAAUGUUUCACUAGGGUUUUUCACUUUGAGCGAGUCCCCCCCAUUGUUCCUCAGUAGCCGUCCCUUGCAGGUUGAAGGAGGAGGAAGAUGUCUCACAGGAAGUUUGAGCACCCAAGACACGGUUCUUUGGGAUUUCUCCCCAGGAAGCGUGCUGCCAGACACAGGGGAAAGGUGAAGGCAUUCCCAAAGGAUGACCCAAGCAAGCCUUGCAAGCUAACUGCCUUCUUGGGGUACAAGGCUGGAAUGACUCACAUUGUCAGAGAAGUUGAAAAGCCUGGAUCAAAACUCCACAAGAAAGAGACAUGUGAAGCUGUUACCAUUGUUGAAACACCUCCUAUGGUGAUUGUUGGUGUUGUCGGGUAUGUGAAGACCCCUCGUGGUCUUCGUUGCCUGAACACAGUCUGGGCUCAACAUCUCAGUGAAGAUAUUAAGAGGAGGUUCUACAAGAACUGGUGCAAAUCCAAGAAGAAGGCCUUCCUAAAAUACUCCAAGAAAUAUGAAACUGAUGAAGGGAAAAAGGAUAUCCAGGCACAGCUGGAGAAAUUGAAGAAGUAUGCUUGUGUCAUCCGUGUGUUGGCUCACACUCAGAUAAGGAAGAUGAAGGGUCUGAAACAGAAGAAAGCCCAUUUGAUGGAGAUCCAAGUGAAUGGUGGAUCAAUUGCUCAGAAGGUUGAUUUCGCAUAUGGUUUCUUUGAGAAGCAGGUUCCAGUUGAUGCUGUUUUCCAGAAGGAUGAGAUGAUUGACAUCAUUGGUGUCACCAAGGGUAAGGGUUAUGAAGGUGUUGUUACUCGUUGGGGUGUGACACGUCUUCCUCGCAAAACCCACAGGGGUCUACGUAAGGUUGCUUGUAUUGGUGCCUGGCAUCCUGCUAGAGUUUCAUUCACAGUGGCUCGUGCUGGUCAAAAUGGAUACCAUCACCGUACUGAGAUGAACAAGAAGGUUUACAAGCUUGGCAAGGUUGGACAGGAGUCCCACACUGCACUAACUGAGUUUGACAGGACUGAGAAAGAGAUUACUCCUAUUGGUGGAUUUGCCCAUUAUGGUGUGGUGAAGGAUGAUUACCUGUUGAUCAAGGGAUGCUGUGUUGGUCCUAAGAAGAGGGUUGUAACCCUGCGUCAAUCCCUGCUCAACCAGACCUCUCGUGUUGCUCUUGAGGAGAUUAAGCUGAAGUUCAUCGACACAUCCUCAAAGUUUGGACAUGGUCGCUUCCAGACCACCCAAGAGAAGCAGAAAUUCUAUGGACGCCUGAAGGCUUGAAUGGUUCAGCAUUCACUUUGUUUGGGUAGAGCACAAGUUUUAAACAAUUUAUUAUUGCUACUAGUGUUUUUAUUUCCGUGAGGUUUUUCUGAAGACAAUUUUUGACAUUUUAAAGCUUUCUGUUGCAUUAAGGAUUCUAGUUGAGAACUUUUAUAUAAUGCAAAAGUUUUGUUGCUGUGUUCAAAA